AUGCAAAUUUCCCCUCAAUUGUUUCUCUACACACUUCUUGCUCUCUUCUCACUAUUUUCAUCCACCAAUUCCGCAACACACCACAAUGCUGCAAAACACCACAGGAAGCCUCAAAUCCAUAAUGUGUUCGAUGUUGAUCCAUCCGGGAAGGGCCAUUUCAAGACGAUCCAAGCAGCCAUAGAUGCCGUCCCCUCUCACAACCCACAAUGGACUUUCAUACGCAUCAAAAAGGGUGUAUACAGGGAGCAAGUUAGCAUUCCUCGUGACAAACCAUUCAUCUUCCUCAAAGGAGGAGGAAAGGACAACACAAUCAUAACAUGGGAUGCUCAUGACUCCAUUGCAACAAGUGCUACCUUCUCCUCUUAUGCAGACUACACAAUGGCACAAGACAUAUCAUUUGUUAACUCUUUCAACAAUGGAACUCACAACCGCAUGAGGCCAGCACUCGCAGCCAAGAUCCAAGGCGACAAAUCGGCCUUCCACAGAUGCGGUUUCUACGGCAUGCAAGACACGUUGUGGGACGUCCAAGGCCGGCAUUACUUCAAACUAUGCACCAUCCAAGGCUCGGUCGACUUCAUCUUUGGUGCAAGCCGAUCCCUCUACGAGAAAUGUACUAUCUCAAUAGUUGAAAAUCUGCACAAAGGCCCCGGCUACAUCACAGCACAGGGAAGAUCAGGACCAAGGGAGACGAGCGCCUUUGUGUUCAAAGAGUGCAACAUAGUCGGGAAGGGGAAGGCGUAUCUCGGGAGAGCAUGGAGAGACCACGCAACAGUCUUGUUCUACGACACAUUUAUGACCGACGUCAUCGUCCCUCAAGGCUGGAACGCUUGGAAUCAGUUGAGAUUUGCGGAGGUCAAGUGUUGUGGGAGAGGCGCCAAUGCUUCGAAGAGAGUGAAGUGGGCGAAUAAGCUAAGUGAGAAAGAGUUGAAGGAGUUGAUCAGCAUUUCAUUUAUUGAUGGUGAAGGUUGGCUGAGGAACCUAGCUUUAAACAUUUUUGGUGCUUAA